UCCCUUCGCCUCGCGGCCCCCACGUACCCAAGUGAGCAGGCUCUCGCACAGCUCCACCCGCUCCACCGACUCCACACUGAACAUCUUCCCCCGCGGGGCCUGGCAGCCUUCCACCGGGCAGAGGCCGCUGCCGCGCCGUCUGGGUUAAAGUCCGGAGGAUCCGGGCAGCCGAGCCGGCCUCUCGCCCGCCUCCUCCUCGGCCGGGACGCAACUCCGGCCACGGCGCCAGCAGCCGCUCCCGCACCGUCGCCCGCGGAGCCCCUCCUCCUUCCACUCGGGGCCGCGCGCGGCGGACCACGCCCGCCGCCCCGCGUCCCCGCCCCUCCUCCGAGACGCAGCGCCGGCGAAGGCCGGGGCCGCCCCCCGCCGGCCACCUAUGUGUCGCGGCGCGCGCGAGCCCGGCCCUGACGGCGGCAGCGGCGGCGGCGAGUGUCCCUCGCCCGUCGGCACGGAAGCUCGGCAAUGCGCAUGCGCUCGAGCCGCACUCCCACUUAAAAGAGACACAGCGGGCGGUGCCCGCGAGGGGCGGCGGGGGCGGCCCCCGGAAGCAAUCUCUGUCCUCUGCCCCGGGAGCCGGCGAGGCAGCUCCGCAGCGGUGGAGAGACUUGGAAUGGCCAAAUAUCAAGUUGAAGUUCAAAGUCUGAAAUUGGAUGGUGAUUCAGUUAUAGAAGGAGUAAGUGACCAAGUUCUUGUGGCAGUUGUGGUCAGUUUCGCUUUGAUUGCUACCCUGGUAUAUGCACUUUUCAGAAAUGUACAUCAAAAUAUUCAUCCAGAAAACCAAGAGCUAGUAAGGGUACUUCGAGAACAACUUCAAACAGAACAGGAUGCACCUGCCAUUGCUCGACAGCAGUUCUAUACUGACAUGUACUGUCCAAUCUGUUUACAUCAAGCCUCCUUCCCUGUGGAAACGAACUGUGGACAUCUUUUCUGUGGUGCCUGCAUUAUUGCAUAUUGGCGCUACGGAUCAUGGCUUGGGGCAAUCAGUUGUCCAAUCUGUAGACAAACGGUAACUUUACUCCUAACAGUAUUUGGUGAAGAUGAUCAGUCUCAGGAUGUUGUAAGAUUGCAUCAAGAAAUUAAUGAUUAUAACCGGAGAUUCUCAGGGCAGCCCAGAUCUAUUAUGGAAAGAAUUAUGGAUCUACCCACUUUACUGAGGCAUGCAUUCAGGGAAAUGUUUUCAGUUGGGGGCCUUUUCUGGAUGUUCCGCAUUAGGAUAAUACUUUGUUUAAUGGGAGCUUUUUUCUAUCUUAUAUCACCUCUAGAUUUUGUACCUGAAGCCUUGUUCGGAAUUCUAGGUUUUCUAGAUGAUUUCUUUGUCAUCUUUUUGUUGCUUAUCUACAUCUCUAUUAUGUAUCGAGAAGUGAUAACCCAAAGGCUAACCAGAUGAAAAAAAUAAAUUUACUAGAAUAUCUGAGCUAGUAUAUAAAAUCAAACAAAAGGACCCAUGGUGGUAUAAAACAUCUGAAUAUUAUCUUACAAGCUUAAAACUACUAUAUGACAAACAUUUGAUUAUAAUUUGACAAAUGCUAGCAAUAUACAAGCUAUAACUGGAAUUUUACAUGUUGCAACUUCUGAUGUUAGAAUUAUAAUGAUCUACAGUUUUCUUGAUUCUGUGUUGUCUAUAAAGUCUCUGGAAAAAAUAUGGAAUUAUAUAAAAAGGGAUGUUUUUAUGUCUUUUUCUUUUCCCCAAAAUUACUUAGAUUAAUUGGAUAUAUAGUCAGGUAUUGUUAAAUGUACAAUUUAUUAGCCUGCUCAAUGGGUAUCUAUAUGAUAAUAUUUAGCUAUGAAACUCAUCUAAAUAUUUUUGUUACAAUAAAAUAUUAUACAGUAUUGGGGAAAAGUCAGUGUUUAUAUUAACACUAGCUAAAUUGUGUGCAUUUGGAGCAGUUCUGCUUUUUUCACUCUGAUAUAAUUCUUUG